ACCCAUCCCUGCCCUUGGCAAUCGGCAGGUUGGGCACAGACCACGGCGACGGAGCUUGGUGUCCCAUCAAGCCCGUUCACCUCGAGAGCACCGAGUUCCUGCAGAUCGAUCUCCGCAAGCUCUACUUCAUCACCCUGGUGGGCACCCAGGGGCGCCACUCCAAUGGGCACGGCAACGAGUACGCCCGGCUCUACGGACUGCAGUACAGCCGCGACGGGAAAUUAUGGAGGACCUGGAAGGAUCGGAGGGGAAAUGAGGUGAUCAAUGGGAAUAGAAACCCAUACGACAUCGUGCUGAAGGACCUGGGGCCCCCAAUUAUCGCCCGCUUUGUGCGGUUCUACCCCAGGGCCAACCGGCUGAUGAACGUGUGCAUGAGGGUGGAGCUGUACGGAUGUCCUUGGUUGGAUGGUCUGACGUCGUACCGGAUUCCCAUGGGCCAGAUGAUGAACGUUUCGGGCAUUCCAUUGGUGAACCUCAACGACUCCACCUACGACGGGUACCAGAUCGGGAGUGUCCACUACGGGGGCCUGGGCCAGCUGACGGACGGAGUCCUGGGCAUGGACGACUUCACCAGGAGCCAGGAGCUGCGGGUCUGGCCUGGCUACGACUAUGUGGGCUGGCACAACACAACCAUGAGCAACGGGUUCGUGGAGAUUGAUUUCCAGUUUGAGCAUGUCCUCACUUUCAAAUCCAUGAAGGUCCACUGCAACAACAUGUUCUCCAGGCAGGUGAAGAUUUUUAAGUCCGUCGAUUGUUUCUUCAAAAGCGACGCCACCGUUUCCUGGGAGCCCACGCCAGUCAGCACCGCCAUGGUCCUGGACAAUAAAAACCCCAGCGCCCGCUACGUGACGGUGCCACUUGGUCACCGCCCUGCCCAGUUCAUACGCUGCCACUUCUACUUUGCCGACUCGUGGAUGAUGUUCAGCGAGAUCACCUUCCAGACAGGGGUUGACCACACCACGCCCGGCAUUCCGGGCCUACAUCCGCGAGGCCCCGCUCCGCGCCAGAGAGAAACACUCGUCCCUCCCCUGGAGGCAUCAACCGGCAAUUACGACCUCGCGGGAGGUAUCACAGCAACCGUCAGUAACCUAGAUCUCGAAUCAUCCGUCUACCUGUCCCCGAACGCUGGGCGGCCCGUGCCCAAGGCUGACAGCAGCAACACGGCCAUCUUGAUCGGCUGCCUAGUGGCCAUCAUCCUCCUCCUGCUCAUUGUCAUCUUCAUCAUCCUCUGGAGGCAGUACUGGAAGAAGAUUCUUGGCAAGGCGCAGCGGAGGAUCCUCGAGGAUGACCUGACCGUCCGGCUCUCGGUGCCCGGUGACACCGUGGUCAUCAACAACACGCAGCAGCCCGGCCCCUCGCCGGGGGGCACCCCCUCCAACCUGUACGAGCGCAUCGGCUCCAGCGACCCAGAGUACCAGGAACCCAACCGGCUGCGGAUGAAGCUGCCCGAGCUGCCGCAGGGCACCGACAACUCCGCUCUCCUGUUAAGCAACCCAGCCUAUCACCUUUUGCUCUCUGCAAACCGUCACCUGAUUGGAGGCCCUGGCUGCACUUUGGACCAGGUCAAGCCAAUCAACACUGACGCCUGCAACGGGGAGUACGCAGAGCCCGACCUGAGCAAGGUGGCCUUCCAGACGGGAUUCCCGAACAGCGUUCCGCACUACGCCGAGGCUGACAUCAUCAACUUGCAGGGAGUCACGGGGAAUAACACCUACGCUGUUCCCGCCAUCACCAUCGACGCUCUGGCUGGGAAGGAUAUCGCUGUCGGCGAGUUUCCGCGGCAACGGCUCGUGUUCCGAGAGAAGCUGGGGGAGGGCCAGUUUGGGGAGGUUCACCUGUGUGAAGUGGACAGCCCUCAGGAUUUGGAGAGCCUGGGUUUCCCCCUCAGCAUCCGCAAAGGGCACCCCCUCAUGGUAGCAGUGAAAAUGCUGCGCUCGGACGCCACAAAGAAUGCCAGGUUCCUCACUCCCCUCCUCUGUGUACCACACCAGGCUUGGUUCAGCUCUCCUCUAGCUAUUAAAGUCCUCUGUCCUUUUUAGAUUUCACGGCUGGGU